AUGGAGGAUCAAGAAUCAAAUGUUCGUCAUCAGUCGAAUAAACGAAUGGACGUCAUGGAUCUCAUCAAACUGGCGUCGGGCGAGGAGAGUGACCGAAGACUGUCGUCAGUUGACGAGAACAACAGUGUCCUCGAUUCUGGUGAUGCUACUGGCUCUAACUCCAUUAUUGAUUGCAACAAUUCGGAUACAGUUGACGUUUUUCAAGAUGCAAUAGGUGUAACACCGAGCAUAUCUUCAGAGUCCAGUGCCCUACUAAGUUGUGGUUCCAGCAAGCUUCAUAUACAGCGAUAUCAUGGUGUGUCCUUGAUGUUCUCUUUUUUGCACUAA